AAUGAAAAAUAAUAAGGAUCAUCAAACCAGAUGUUACUUGACAUGAUAUAGAGGGAUUCCACUUUGCAUACAGGACAAGCAGUUGGGAUUGCUUUUGUUACCACAAUGGCCACUAAAUGGGGAAUUGCCAGUGCUGGAAAGAUAAGUAAUGACUUUGUUGCUGCAGUUAAAGGAAUGUGUGGCAGUGAACAUGAAUUUUUAGCGGUGGCAGCAAGAAAUUUAUCCUCUGCGAAAUCGUUUGCUUCGACGCAUAACAUUCCAAAAGCUUAUGGAUCAUAUGAAGAGCUUGCAGAAGAUCAAGAAAUUGAAGUUGUUUAUAUUGGAUCUGUGAACUCUCAACAUUUCCGUCUGGCCAAAUUAAUGUUGGAAAAUGGGAAACACGUUCUAGUAGAAAAACCGAUGACUUUGAAUUUGAAGCAGACUAAAGCAUUAGGAGAGAUAGCACGGAAAAAUAAACUUUUCCUAAUGGAGGCCCUUUGGAGCAGAUUUUUACCUUCUUAUCGUUAUUUAAUGGAUAUUGUUAAUAAUGGCUCGAUUGGUGAUAUUGUCCACGUUGAUGCAAACUUCGGCAUUUCUAUGCUGGACCGAGAACGAAUUGUGACUAGGGCUUUAGGAGGAGGAACUAUUCUUGACCUGGGUAUUUAUCCUCUGAAUGCAGUAUCAAUGAUUUACAAGAAUGAGAAACCAGAGAAGAUUGCUGCAGUGGGGCAUCUGAAUGAAGAUGGCGUUGAUAUUUCAAUGACUUGCAGUUUGCGAUAUAGUAAAAACCGCACAGCUACUGUUACAACUAAUGGAAUGGCGCAAUUACCAAAUAGUAUUGUGAUCAUUGGAACCAAAGGACAAAUAAAGGUUCCUUAUGCAUUGUAUGUGGCUACAAAAAUCGAAACAAAAGAUGGAGUAGUUGAGUUUCCUUUGCCGAAAUCAACUGCAUAUUUCAACUAUCCAAACUGCACUGGUCUUGCUUACGAAGUAAUAGAAGUUAGAAAAUACAUCCAAAACGGUCUUCUUGAGAGUCCAAUAAUGCCUUUAAAAGAUUCUGAAUUGCUUGCAGAAAUUAUGGAUGGCAUUCGCCAUCAAGUUGGCGUCGUGUACCCCGAGGAAGAUGAUAAGUGAUUUUAUUCAACAUUCACUUGAAUUGAUUGCGUUUAAAUAUGUAGAAAUCUUUUUUUUAAAAUUUGUUCUACUUUUUAUAAUACAAAUUUAUUAAUAAAUUUUACCAAGC